AUGCAGAAGAGCUAUACAGAUGUUAGAAGGAAACAUCUAGAGUGUGGUGCUGGAGACAAGGUGUUCUUGCAGAUCUCCCCAGUUAAAGGAGUGAUGCGGUUCGGGAAGAAGGGAGAUCUUAAUCCGAGGUUCAUGGGACUAUACGGCAUACUGGAGAGGAUCGGAGUGGUAGCUUAUUGGAUAGCUCUACCACCAGAGUUGGAGUGUACACAUGAUGUCUCCCAUGCAUCCAUGUCGAGGAAGUACAUCCCUGACCCCACUCACAUCUUAACUUACAAACCCUGUGAGUUGGAUGAGGAUUUUGCCUACAUGGAGUUUUCGGAGAAGAUUGUUGAUCAGAAGGAGCAUGUUCUCCACAACUGCACCGUUUCCUUCAUCAAAGUGAAAUGGAUGAACCACCCCAAACAGGAAGCAUCUUAG